AAGACAUGACUGUUUCUCUCUGCUAGACAGACAGCUCAACACACACAAACACUGUCUAAAGGAGUUUAUCCCUGCUGUUUGCUCAAGGAGUCAUGACCAAAGAGUUUGAGUCUCUGAUGGUUCUGCAGAACGAGAGCUUUAACUGCCAGCGAUACUACGAUAAUUAUAUCAUGGAUUCCUGGAAGCCAUACACAGACACGCCUCUGCCAGAACCCGACCGGACCAGAACCAGGCUGAACAGUGACGAUGACACAGCAUUCGCUUUCCUCUGUGACCCCUUCAAGACCCCAAAAGAGCAGAAGAUGCUGCCCUGCAGCCGUAGCAACAGUAUAUACAAGCCUUUGGAGAGGAAUUUGAACAGCACCUCCCCAGACGUGGCUGCCCUGGAGAGCCCCACCCACAUCAUGAAGCUGCUGUCCGAGAGCAUUUCCGCAGCCCAACAGCAGGAGGCGCUGGACCUGAACAAGAAACUGGCACCCCUUUGCCCAUCAAAGCACAUCUCUCACCAGGACGACUUCAUCGUGCCCGGCAGCGAGACCUAUGACAAGCAUGCCAUCAACACCCUCUUUGAUAUCCUGUCUCCACCACCACAGCAGAAGUGGUCAACUGACAGCGCCUACAUGGAGGCCACUCCUGAGGCUUUGACCUACACUGACACCUUUGUGGAGCAGACCAGUCCAGGGUAUUCUGACUCCUACAGUAACUCCCCUCCAGACAGAUACAGGAAUGACUUUCAGUUUGUCCUGGGGGCUCCUCAAGCUUCCCAGCACAAGAGCACUGAUAUGCCCAUGGUCUACCUCAACAAGGGCCAGUUCUACCCCAUCACCCUCCAUGGGGUUAGCAUGGACAGUGCAGCAGGCCUCUCCUCCAGCAAAGUCAAGACGGUCAUCAUGGCAGUCUUUGAGAAUGACAAGAACGCAGAGAUGCAGCUGAAAUGCUGGAAUCACUGGCACGCACGACAGCCAACCGUUAAGCAGAGGGUCAUUGACAUUGCGGACUAUAAAGAGGUUUUCAGUGGCAUCAGCAAUGUGGAGGAAGUGGCCUUCAACGCGCUGUCCUUCAUCUGGAACACCAAUGAGGAGGCCAAGGUGUACAUUGGCAUUAACUCCCUGAGCACAGACUUUUCCUCUCAGAAGGGUGUGAAGGGCCUCCCUCUCAACCUCCAAAUCGACACAUACGACUACAGCACAGGGAGCAACAAGCUCAUCCACAGAGCCGCCUGCCAGAUCAAAGUUUUCUGCGACAAGGGUGCAGAGAGGAAGAUGAGGGAUGAGGAGAGGAAGAGGUCCAAAAGGAGGGCCAAGAACACAGACUCCAGCCUCAACAAUUCCAACAGCAAGCAGUCGGUGGUGUCCAGCUCCAUCGCAAGUGACUGCACAUACUUCAAGACCCUGGAUGACCUGGUCACUCAGCCUGUGCUGUUCAUCCCCGAGAUGCACCUUUCCAACAUGCAGCGCUGCGGCCUGGUGUCUCCUGCCGCACUGGAGGAGUCUGACAGGACUUCGCUGAAACGGAGGAGCUGCCCACCUUAUCCUGAAAAUGGAGAGCAGUGCAGCCCCCCAGUGAGCAAGCUGCCCAGACGUGAGGAGCAACAGCGAGUGCUCCUCUACGUGCGCUCCGAAACAGAAGAAGUAUUCGACGCACUUAUGCUCAACACGCCGACUCUCAAAGGGCUCAAGAUGGCGAUUUCAGAAAAGUACGGCCUGCAAGUGGACACAAUUGGGAAAAUCUACAAGAAAUGCAAAAGAGGGAUUUUCGUCAACAUGGACGACAACAUCAUCGAACACUACAGCAACCACUCAGCCUUCCUGAUAGAGAUGACAGAGGUCAUGGGUCAUUUCCAGGUCACUCUGAUGGAGCUAUAAUGGGGUGUAGUCACUGGACCCCCAGUGGUUCUGGAGCGUCUGCGGGGUCCCUGCUGAUUGCCAAAUUUCAGAACUUUCACAGCACUGCCACGCCAGAGCUACAUAUUCAACUGGACCAGACCAAAGGCCAAAACCCGCAGAAAGCAGAACCAUAAACUGUUGUUCCACCAUCAAAGCCAGAAACUCAAAAGGAUGCUAACCAUUGUAUAUAUCUUUCUAACCCCUUUAAUAUUUUUUAAUUAUACUGUUUUUGUUUUUCUUUGAGGGGGGUCAUAUUUUAUAACGUGAAAGCAAUUAUAAUGAAUAUGUUGUAAAUAUGAGUUGUAAAUAGAAAUAAUUAUCAUGAACACAGGGAGUUAUCUGCCUGAGGAGAGGUGGAUGAAGUGUAGUCUUGCCGUGAACUGUUUGCUAUUUCAAUAUAGCGGGAAAUGCAUGUACCGUGUUGUUUGCUUUUCAAACUGCUGCCAUUCUUGCUGCUUACAAUACCUUUCAUUUCUUUUACAAAAAAAAAUCAUGGAAAAAAGUGUUGGGAAUGGUGAUUUGUGUGCUGAAAUUUUGUAUUUUAGACUGUCUCACAUCAGAGAUGUGUUGAUCUCAUUUCUGCUGAUAUAACACUGCCGAUAGAUUGUUUGUUGCUAGCCUGUCAUUUUCACAUCUAAAAUCAGCCGACAACAGGCUUUUUAGACCAAAGUCACACAUUUCCUUCUGAUGGCCACGCUGCAGCAUGCUUCCUUCACAGAAACUUACGUGAAGUCCAGCAGCCAUACAUUUCUAGCUUGUGUUGUAUAACCACAACCACGUGCCCUUGCUGAAUGUCGUGUGGCAGUCCUUUCAGUUAAUGCUAACCACUGACAAAGUGAACCACUGAGGUAAAACUGGGCCUCUUCCAAGAUUCACCGCUGAGUUUAAAUGAAGAUUUUUUUUCUUCAAAUUAUAUUUUGUUACAUUUCAACCCUUUGUA